AAUACGCUUUGCAUUAACUCUUUGGCAGCCACAAUUUUCUCCAUUUCUUCACUCUAUCUUCUUCAUCUUCAUCUUCUUCUUCUUCUUCUCCUUUAUCUUCUGCAACUUCAUCUCCUUCGUAUGUCACUUUGUUCCUACACCUACGCCCCUUAAAACCUACUUCUUAUAUAUACCUUUAUAGCUCAUACGGUAAAGCCUGCUUUCGCAGGAAAACCAUUAGCUACAGGUAACGAGGGCUGGAAGCAGAUCCGUAUCUCCUCCUUUCCCUGUGGCUUUUCGAGGGUUCUACUUUAUUAGACAUAGCCGACGAACGGAAAAGGAAAGAGAGUUGGUUUGGAGACUGACAAAGAAGGCAUAGUUGGAUUCUCCGUGAUCUUGGUUGGAACGUUACAUAUGAGGGGAAUUUUUCAAAAUCGUCAACAUUUCAACAUUCUUCUUCUAUAGAUUCUCUCCUGCUCCUACAUUGGCACGUAAGAAUCAGAUAUUCUAUAAGGAUAAAUGUACUAUAAUAUAAGCUGAGGGGACGAGAACCCUUUCAGCUGCUAAAAGGAAGAACACAUUGAUAUAUGAACAAAUAUUGGAUAGGGCUUUUGGGAUUCUGAAACAUCAUGCCAGCCGGAGUAAUGAUCCCGGCAAGAAACAUGCCCUCGAUGAUCACCGGAAACGGGAGCGUUAGUGGUUAUGGAACAUCCUCAGGACUUACUCUUGGUCAGAUUGAAAAACCAUAAGGUUCGGACUCUUAAAGAUCUGUUAGAUAAUGUUCCAGCAGCCUAACAACGUGAUGGAAGGUCAACUCCACCCUCUUGAGAUGACCCAAAACGCUUCUGAAAGUGAAAUUGCUCGAAUGAGAGACGAAGAAUUUGACAGUACAAACAAAUCUGGUAGCGAAAAUCAUGAAUUAGGUGGCUCUGGAGACGAUCAAGAUCCUCGUCCCAACAAAAAGAAGCGUUAUCAUCGCCAUACCCAGCAUCAGAUCCAAGAAAUGGAGGCAUUUUUCAAAGAGUGUCCACACCCAGAUGACAAGCAAAGGAAGGAGCUUGGGCGUGAGUUAGGGUUAGAACCGUUGCAAGUCAAAUUCUGGUUCCAAAAUAAGCGCACCCAAAUGAAGACUCAGCAUGAGCGUCACGAAAACACACAGCUGCGAACUGAGAACGAGAAGCUAAGGGCUGACAACAUGAGAUAUAGGGAAGCUUUGAGCACUGCUUCAUGCCCAAAUUGUGGAGGUCCAACUGCUGUUGGACAAAUGUCAUUUGAUGAACAUCAUCUCAGACUUGAGAAUUCUCGAUUGAGGGAAGAGAUUGAUCGUAUAUCAGCAAUAGCUGCAAAGUAUGUGGGCAAGCCAGUGGUGAACUUUCCUCUACUUUCAUCUCCUGCGCCUCCUCGACCAUUUGAUUUCGGUUCACAACCUGUCACUGAGGAGAUGUAUGGUGUUGGGGAUCUUCUCAGGUCUAUUAGUGCACCUUCUGAGGCCGAUAAGCCAAUGAUUAUUGAGCUUGCGGUGGCAGCUAUGGAGGAACUGGUUAGAAUGGCUCAGGUGGGGGAACCUUUAUGGAUGACCAGUCUUGAUGGUACCACCUGUAUGCUGAAUGAAGAAGAGUAUAUUAGGACUUUUCCUAGCGGAAUUGGGCCAAAACCUACUGGCUUUAAAUGCGAAGCUUCAAAAGAAACUACUGUUGUUAUCAUGAACCACAUUAACCUUGUUGAGAUUCUCAUGGAUGUGAACCAGUGGUCAACUCUGUUUUCGGGAAUAGUUUCGAAGGCUUCAACUUUGGAUGUUCUCUCAACAGGAGUAGCAGGGAAUUAUAAUGGAGCCCUUCAAGUGAUGACAGCUGAAUUUCAAGUUCUUUCACCUCUUGUUCCCACUCGUGAGAGUUAUUAUGUAAGAUACUGCAAACAGCAUGCAGAGGGAACUUGGGCUGUGGUUGAUGUUUCCUUGGAUACUAUACGCCCCAGUCCCACUGUGAGAUGCAGAAGAAGACCAUCUGGUUGCCUAAUUCAAGAAAUGCCCAAUGGCUACUCAAAGGUUACAUGGGUUGAGCAUGUAGAAGUGGACGAUGGAGGUGUUCACAAUCUGUACAAGCAACUGGUAAGCUCCGGCCAUGCUUUCGGAGCAAGACGAUGGGUUUCUACUUUAGAUCGACAGUGUGAGAGGCUUGCAAGUUUAAUGGCUUCUAACAUUCCCACCGGCGAUGUUGGGGUGAUAACAAAUCAAGAUGGGAGAAAGAGUAUGCUGAAGCUAGCUGAGCGAAUGGUAAUCAGUUUCUGUGGAGGAGUUAGUGCCUCUACAGCACACACGUGGACGACAUUAUCGGGAACUGGGGCUGAUGAUGUAAGGGUGAUGACCCGAAAGAGUGUAGAUGAUCCAGGUAGACCUCCAGGGAUUGUGCUUAGUGCUGCAACGUCGUUUUGGCUCCCUGUUUCACCUAAGAGGGUUUUUGAUUUCCUCAGAGAUGAGCAUUCUCGAAGUGAGUGGGAUAUUCUGUCUAAUGGCGGAGCUGUCCAAGAAAUGGCACACAUUGCUAAUGGUCGGGAUCCAGGCAAUUGUGUUUCACUACUUAGAGUAAAUAGUGCAAAUUCAAGCCAGAGCAACAUGCUGAUUUUACAAGAGAGUUGCACUGAUCCAACAGCCUCUUUUGUGAUCUAUGCUCCUGUUGAUAUUGUUGCGAUGAAUGUUGUCCUAAAUGGAGGGGAUCCGGACUAUGUUGCUCUUCUUCCCUCGGGUUUCGCAAUACUGCCUGAUGGAAUGACUGUGACUGACGUAGGAAUGGCUGAUUCCGGCGGGUCUAGUGGAUCUCUUCUAACUGUUGCAUUUCAGAUUUUGGUCGAUUCUGUGCCGACGGCAAAACUUUCUCUCGGAUCCGUUGCAACGGUAAACAAUUUGAUUGCAUGCACCGUUGAAAGGAUAAAGGCAUCUCUGUCAUGCGAUAAUGCAUGAACUUACCACAGCUUUAAAUCGUAGCUAUCUUAGCUAGAGAUUAACUUAAGCAGUAAAAAAGGGAAGGUAAAUUAACAUUAAGAACGAUGGGGUUGAGGAAUUCGAUCUUGGAAUUAUAGAAAAGGAGGGGAGAAGUCAAGAACGCACCUUGCAUGAGCCUCUUUGACAUGUUGGACUUUUGUUUGGGGAGCCAAGAAACUGAAAUAAGCAAAUUCAUCAUUUGUUCAAGAGUUAGAGGUUCGGGAAUUGACUUCCCCCAAGAAAAAAAGUGAAUGCAAAAACUUCAUAUAUAGACCUUUAUUGUAAAAGGGGGAUUUUAACUUAAUGUUUAGGGAUUUAAAUUUUUGUACAAGUAAUUGGAUUUCUAGUUCCCUUUUACCUUCUUCCCCUUCAAUUGAUUGUGUUUCUUGAAUGAAAGUAUUUUGAAUGUUUGUAUUACUGUUCGGGAAGAUUAAAAUUUUUAUGGUCAUCCUCAACAAUGUUAUCUUUA